CCUGAGAUUCUAAUUGAUUCUGACAUGGAAAUAAUGGACAGUUAUGUUGAAUGGAAUCCUUGAAAUGUCUCAAAAUUGAUAGUAAUUGUGAAUCCUGUGCAUGGUUAUUUCCUUCGGUUGUUACUGAAAAACAUCUAUUUGUGACAUUUAAAGAGUAUGAUAAGGAAAAGCGAUUGCAGUAGGCAAGUGAAGAAUUAAUUAACCUGAUUGUUCUUCUGGAUGAAAAGCUGUAGCAUUUUUAGAGCAACAUCGUACAGAAGACCAACUGGAAGUUAAAUUUAGACGGAA